AUGCAUCAUCACCAUCAUCAUCACCAUCGUUCAUCAAAAGAUGCCUUAUACAAUAAACAACAAACAUCGAAAAGAAGAAAAAAAUCACAAAAAUUAUACAAGAAUACUAAUGAAAAUAAUCAUUUUAAUUUAUAUCAAGUAUCUCAUCAUGAUCAACAACAGCAAGAAAUCAAACAGCAUCCAUUGACAGAUUCCACGGAUAUUUCUCCUGCUUUACCAGUUGCACCAGUAGAAUCGUGGGAAAAAACUGUAGAUGAACAUCCACUGUUAGUAUUGGAGUUAAACACUAACAAACCUAUAAAUGAAAAACAACAAUAUCAGAAUAAGAAUGAGGAUAGUAACGUUGAAAACGAUAAUACUAAUAAUAAUGCUAAUAUUAGUCAACCAAGAUAUGAUCAUGAUGAGGAAAGUACACUUACUGAAGUAACAACAACAAAAUGUAAAGGGAAUAUUUAUGAUGAACCAUUCGAAGAAAUCGUACUUCAAACUUCCAAGGAAACUACAAACAAUGUUAUGAAUCCAGAUCUUGAAGAAUGGAUUAAAUCAAGUUGGUUACAAGGUUCAAGCGGGCAGGAAAACAAGAGCUACAUCGAACCAGAAUCAUCAUAUAGUAUGGAGAAUAAUCGUCAACCGCAAAGUAAUCCUUCAGCAUAUAAUUUUGAGCGUCAAGAUUCGAGUACUGUUGUUGUUGGCAGAAAUCAACAUUCGAAUCGGCCGCCUACUCAAAAAAGGAGACCAAGUAAACCGCCUGCUCCACCACCUCCGUUUAACCAGUCAUUUAAUACAACUACCUCAGACAGCUCUGAUUUACUUUAAACUUUCUGUGAUAUACACCAAUCAAACUGUUUAGCCUUACGUUUCCACUGCGAACAAUACUGAAGAGAACAUGAGCAAUUGUUCUGCAACAACGUUUUACUCUAUAUAACAGGAAAAUCGAUAUAUUAUUUAUAAAUCGAGUCUGAAAAUGGUAUCUGUUGGAGACAUCACUCGUUUUU